AUGACAUCUUUAGACAACAAAACUGUCAUCAUCACGGGAUGCAGCAGCGGCAUUGGCCUCGCGACGACCCUCCUCUUCCUAUCACAGAAAGCCCAAGUCUUCGGCGUCGAUAUGUCGCCGUUCGACCAAGACCUUGAUGUCACCCAGAAAGCGUUAUUCACCUUCCACAAAACCGACCUUUGCAAACCCGGCUCAGCAGAAGAUGCCAUAGCUGCUUGCAUCGCAAAGUACGGACCGAAGAUCGACGUGCUGGCUAAUGUUGCAGGCAUCAUGGACGGUUUUGGCAGCGCGGAUACAGUUAAGGACUCUGAGUGGGAGCGCGUCUUGACCAUCAACCUCACAGUACCGGUCAGAAUGAUGGCGGCUGUGUUGCCCAGUAUGAAAAACCAGAAAAGCGGUGCCAUCAUCAAUGUUGGUAGUUAUGCAAGUCUUUCCGGUGCAGUGGCAGGCAUCGCAUACACAGCCAGUAAGCAUGGGCUUGUCGGUGCGACCAAGAACGUCGCGUGGCGCUUUCGCAAAGACAGUAUCAGGUGUAAUGCCGUGCUCCCAGGCGGUGAGUACCGCGUCGAGUCCUUGAAUUCAGAGGAUGUUGUUCUAACAAGAGUUUCAGCCGUGCCGACCAACAUCCGCUCGUCGGUGGUGAAAGAGGACGUCGAUCAGGCUGCAAUGGAAACGUACAAGUAA